AAAAGAAUAAGCCCAAAUAGAGUCCACAACCCCAAAAAAGCCCACAAAACCACAAGCGGAUGAGAACUCCGAAAACGCAGCAGCAAUGUGGGAAUCGACCGUCGUCAGCUGAAAGCCGUAGGCGGCAAGCCAGUUCCAGUAUCAUCAGCAGCAAAUGCUCCGCUGCCGACGGUCACCGAAAUUCCGGCCCACGUCGUCCCUCCCUCCCUCCUUAAAACCUCCCCAAAACCCUUAAAACCCCAGAAUUUCCCCCGCCUCACAUAUUCCGAAACUCUGGGCAACUAGAUAAUUAGCUACCGGAAAAAUAAUUCAACUUGGGCCGUCUGGGUUUUUCCAAUUGGGGGAUCCAAGAGAUGAAUGCCGAGCAAGAUGGAGGAGCUCCCAACAGAGAGCUCUACGCCGUGCUCCAAGUCUCCCCUGAAUCCACCACCGAAGAAAUCAAAAGGGCUUAUCGCCACUGGGCUCAGGUUUAUCAUCCCGACAAGUACCAAGACGUUCAGAUGAAGGAGACAGCAACUGAGAACUUCCAAAGGAUAUGUCAAGCGUACGAAGUGCUAUCAGAUGAGACUAAAAGGCAGAUAUAUGAUAUAUAUGGUCCGGAAGGUUUGAGUGCUGGUUUGGAACUUGCAACAAGGACGAAUAAAGUUGAAGAGUUAAAGGAAGAGCUCGAGAGAUUACGGCAGAAGAAGGAGGAAGAAAAGAUGGCAGCACAGUUCAUACCUUCUGGUAUAGUAGUGACUAAUCUGUCCUUGCCUCAGGUUCUGGAUGGUGAUGGCAUCAUGAGUGGAAUGGCUAUGUCUAGUCAAGUUAAUACAACAUUGUCGAAGCAUACAAAUCUUGCAAUGGGUGGAAAUUUGGAAGUUAAUAACCAUGGUGCGGGUACAGCUGCUUCAACUGUACUUCGACAUCAACUUUCUUCUGCUCAAUCGAUAGAAUUUCUUGCUCAAGUUGGUUUACAAUCAGUGAUUGGUGUACAAACAACUCGCUAUGUUUCUUCACAUUCAACCGCUACAAUUGGCAUCCGAAAGUCUUUGCAGGAUGGCUCAAUCAAUCUCUCUAACACCUGGACUCACCAGCUGUCUUCAACGGCUAAUGGGAAUAUACAAUUUGUGCUGGGUGAUCAGUCAUCUGUUGCUGUCGGGUGGCGUAAGAAGGAUGAUAAAAUUUCUGCAGGUGGAGAAUUGAAGGUUGGUACACGCUAUUUGGGGGCAUCUGCUCAUUAUGUACAUCACUUUUCCUCAAAAUCUCAUGCACGUAUUGCAGGAAAAUACAACAGUACCACUCUUGAGGUUGAAGUUGGCGGUGGGAGGAAGAUAUCUGAUUUAACAACUGUCCGGAUGAUGUAUGUCAUUGGAAUUCAGGGCAUCUCUUGGAGAUUUGAAACUCGCCGUGGUUCUCAAAAGUUAGUUAUCCCAAUAUUGCUUUCCACCUAUUUCGAUCCAGCCUUUGCAAUAGGAGCAUUUGUAGUUCCAACAUCUCUCUACUUCCUGUUUGAGAAAUUUGUAGCUAAGCCUUAUCUACUUUGGAGGGAGAAGGGAAAAGCUCUAGAAAAUAAACAAAAAACUUCGGCACAGGUCCAGGAGGCGAGAAUAUCAGCAGAGAAAUCUCAGCAAUUAUUACGAAUCGUGGCAAACAGGAAGAAGACCAAGCAAAUAGAAGCAAACGGGCUGCUCAUCGAUAGUGCAGUGUAUGGAAGUCGAAAAGUAUUGGAAAGACAAGACGGAACAAUACCAAAUGGCAGCACAACAUCAGAACAAGCCAUCGAUGUCACAGUUCCUCUUAAUUUCUUGGUCAAUGAUUCCGGGCAGCUGAAGCUUCACAACGGCGUGAAGAAGUCGGGGAUAAUGGGAUUCUGUGAUCCUUCCCCUGGAGAACCAAAGCAGUUGCUUGUUGAAUACACUUACCGCGGCCAAAAGUUCAAGGUGAUUGUUGAUGAUUAUGACGAGUUGUUAAUCCCCCAGCACGCUCAUCUAGUCUGAUUGAACUCGUCUAGUUGCCUCUAAAAGCAAAAUUUGCAUGCUUUUUGGACACAUGCGAUAUCCGAGGUAAUUUGGGGAGGAGAUGAGAUGCCAUUACAUGAGAUGUUUGCAUUUUGAGGAUUGACAUCCAUUUACAGGUCGAAUAAUAAUGCUCCAUUUUGUCUUGUAUCGUUCUAAGUUAUUCCAAGGAAGCCAUUUUUGUGUAUGUUUCAGGGAGGCCAGUGGCACAUGGUGCUGGGUCUGGCAAUUCAACAAAGUAUGAUAUAAACUUGUCGAAGGACGUCCUUAAGAUAGGUUCAUCUGAACGUCUGUAAAUAUGACCGACCUUUUGAAAGAAAGAGGGGAAAACUAUCUGGGAAGAAGGAAGAGCAAAUAAAUGUUUGUGUCAUUU